AUGACAUUAAAGACAUUGUGCAACUGCCUAUAUUGUUUUGCUUGUCUGAGCCUUCUCCGUGUUAGUCUUGUCGCCGAUGCCGAGGCACUCGGGUCUUCCCUUCAGGCCUCGAUCAAUGCCGCUGCAGCCAUUAGCAGCAGUGCGCUUAGCAGUGGCACUGUAGGAAACGCUACCACUACAGACGGCAGCGGUGGUUCCAUUAACAGCAGCAUGGACGGCACACCAACUUCUUCCGACGACUUGACAGAAGAAGAGCGCAUAGCGCAAAUCGUAGCAGAAGACAUUCCUGAGUUGGACUGGCGAGUACUAGAGGGCUGGACCUUACCUGAAAACAAUGUUUACAGGAACUACCUUUGCCGAUUUGGCGCCUUAGGCGUUCCCUGCUGGGACUCCUUGGGUAUAUAUCCGAACGCAGACUACCAGGGAUGGCCCAUUCCAAUCUAUUGCCCUCCUGGAAGUUGCUGUGGAGAUGUUAUGGGUGAACUCAAGUGCCGUCCCUCAUGCACAUCGGGAUGGAGUGUCAUGGACUCCUCGCAGUGCUCGUGCAAAAUACACGAGCACAAGUGCCCGGAGGACGCGGUGUGUGACGACAGCGACACCACCCGGUACGGCGGGGUGUACUGCCGCUGUAAAGACGGCUACGUAGGAGACGGAGUCGUCUGCCACCCGGACCCAUGUGCAGACUCAACCAAAAACAGAUGCUCCCCAGGCACCUGCAAGGGGAGGCCCAACGGCACGGCAUACUGCGUCUGCCCCACCGGAUACACCUGGGAUGACGCAGACCUUUUAAGCCCCGCAUGCGUCCUGAAAAGCCUCUGCCUGGACAACCCCUGUGGGCCAGCGGAGGCAGUGCUGGAGUGCAGGACCGAAAGCACCACAGAAUACACCUGUGUGUGCCGGCCGGGGUAUGAGGUAGGCAGCGUCAACGGCAAGAAAACAUGUGUUGAAACAUCCAACGCAGUCAAGUGUGAACACAAUCCUUGCGGGACAGAGGGCCUCCUCAGCUGUACGGACACCCCAUCCGGGCCAGAGUGUCAGUGCAAGAAUCUCUACCGACUGGUUACUGAACAACGGCAGAAAAAGUGCAUAUAUUCACCUUGCGAAGAUCAGGCCUGUGGGGACUCUGCGGCUACGAAGAGCUGCCAGGCGGGUAUUUCAACAUACACUUGUGUGUGCAACACCAACUACAAACUGGAAACGGUGGAUGGUAUGCCCAAGUGCGUGGCUGCCGAAACAGACCUGACUCUCUUCAUCAUAUGUGCGGCAGUUGUAGGGGUCCUUUUGCUGAUAUCUGUCAUUAGUUGCAUUAUUCUACGAAGACGGAUGUUGAGAAGGAAUGCCCUUGAAGCCUAUACUGAAGAUAGCCUGGAGGUCUCCAUGGGGGCUCAUCAAGACGGCAUUACAGCAAGCAGCAGCGCGUGGAUGUAG